AUCAUGGCUGAACGUUUUCUUCGCGAUUAUCCGGGGCUGAAACCGUUCGUCCUCUCCGACGUUCAACUCACUGGCACCAGAAUUGGCGGCGGGGCCUAUGGCAAAGUGGAGGAGGUGUCUUUUCCCGUGGGCGCAGCGGCCAAAACCAUCUACGCCUUCCUACAAGAAGGAGACGGGACGACUGUUGAUCUACCCAAGGCUGCAACCGAGUUCGUGAAGGAAUGUCAGUUGAUGAGCACUCUCCGUCAUCCGAACAUCGUCCAGUUUCUAGGUGUCACCUUUUUCCCUAGCUCCCGACUGCCAGCUCUCGUAAUGGAGCGACUGCUGACGAGCCUUCAUGACCUGCUGGUUCCUGAUCCGCUCCCUCCGUCCGGCGCCGUCACGCCGCUAUCCUUCUUCACCAUGGCUCUCAAGUGCUCCGUGCUGCACGAUGUGGCGAGCGGCCUAGCAUACCUCCACGAGCAGGCGCCGCCCGUCAUCCACCGCGAUUUGUCCGCCAGAAACGUUCUCCUGGACUCGGGGAUGGUGGCCAAGAUAGCUGACCUGGGCGUGGCUCGUAUUGUGCCCCGUGUUAGAGCUGCAGUCACCAUGACAAAGGGGCCUGGGGCGCUAGUGUACAUGCCUCCAGAGGCCUUUGAGCCGACCCAAUCAAAUGCUGGAAAGUCGAGGUACAAUACCAGUAUUGACGUCUUCUCUCUUGGAGUUGUCACCAUUUUCACUAUCGGCGAAGUCUUCCCCUGCGAUCCUCUUUCUCCCAACUAUCUCGACGAGAACAGUGGGCUGCUGGUAGCUCGCACUGAGCUCCAGCGACGCAGUGAGUACAUGCGACACGUGAACGAGCAACUCCGCGCCUGUGGCCAGCUCCGUGGAGACCACCCUCUUGUUCGGUUGAUCCAGCAAUGCCUGCACAAUGGUCCUCACAAACGUCCAAGCAUUAGCGAGGUGCUGAGUCUGUUGGAUGAGGCCAGAGGUUGUUUCAGCCGCCACGAGAGUGAGAUGAACAAAUGUGAGAUGGUAAGAACUCUUCAGAGCCAACCUAGGAACCAGAAUUUGGAACAUGUUCUCCGAGACCUAGUGACAAAAAAUGCUGAUGCCCAAUCCCGUAUGCAAGAUCUACUGUCUAUAAACCAGGGUAAAGACAGGGAGCUAGCUGAGGGUCAGCAGCAUCUGAGGCAAAUGGAAGAACAGUUAACAAGGGCAGAAGAGACUAUCAGGAGAGAGCAGGAGAUGAGAGAGCGAGAGAGUGGCUUAAUGCUGGCAAAGGACAGGGAGUUGGUACAUACUCAGGAGAAACUGCAAAAGAUUCUCAGAGCUGUACCACUAAUGAAAGACUCCCAGGGAAUAAAGCGGGGCAAGUGUCAACACUGCCAGUGCUCCAAAUAUGUGCCUCCAGAGGAAUAUCGUUCUGAUAACAAAUUCUUUUGUGUGUACUGUGGACACCGCCCUGCUGAACAUGUUCAGAUAGAGGAAAAUCCUCCAGCUGUUGCAAGGAGUACCCACAGUUUGGAGCCCAGGGAGGAAGGGGCUGGGGUUGGGAGACCAGUUCAGAGGAAAGUGUACAGGCAAGGGACUGGGCCGGCUCUCGCGACCAAGAAAUCAGGGAGCACAGAUGACCAGAGAAAAAUAAUAAUGUGUACUAUCGCGAAGAGACCAAAACAAUCCCUUGGUAUCAUUACAGCAAACUUUCCAGGUGAAACUGGGCUCCGAAUGCUGGGGGUUGAAGUUGGUACCCCAGCCCAUGAUGCGUUGAGGUCGGGAGACCUGAAAUUACUGGAUCACAUCACCCAUCUGAACGAGGAUAAAAUUAACAGCAAAAAAAACUGGUUUGAGCAGAGUACUAUGGAUAAAACAAGACCAAUGCUGACCUUGUGGAGAAACAAUGAUUUUCCUAGUAUGAAAGACUUUCUCACUUACGUAGAAGACAAGUGUCCACUGGCUACUCACAUCCGACUAAUCCUGAAUCCCUCACAGUUUCACAUGGAUGGUGACUUUGGUUUGGGUGUAUUUCCCACUGCGGGAAGGAUUCUUACCGUGGUAAACAAUGACUCCAGUGCUGACCUGAGUGGAGUCACCAGAGACGACGAACUCCUCUUGUAUUCUACAGUGUCCACUGCUAGUGUAUCGUUUCCCAAAUUGUCCACCUCCUACUCUAGAAUGGAACGGGAUUUCCAAGCGGCUCUAGAUGGUGGGGAACACCUCCUUCUGGCAUUCAGAAACACUAUGGCCGGAGACUUCAUUGCUUGUACAAAGGACGGGCUCCACGUAGAUUUCUGCACCUACAAAUGCUGCAGCGAUUACUGGAACAGAUACGGACUGCAUCAUGGGAGAACGCCACCAUUAGCAGUGAUUCCCCAAGGAACUAGAGUCCACGACUAUUGUGUAAGUCAUCUCUCCCAGCAGUCCAGUGCUGUUGCUAAGGAUGGACCAUCCUUUGAAAAAGCUAAUCUUCCAGGUGAGGUAGAUGACAAAGACACUGGUGCUGUGUUUAAAGACUCAGUGGCGUCCUCAUCAGGAUCUAGAGCUACACAUUCACUUCUCUGUCGCUUUCCUGGCUGUCGAGAGAAGAGGCGUUGUAACUCUAGAUUUUGUUGCUCUGAUCACGCAAAACGUUUCAACUCCAGUUACUGUCUGUUUGGUGAGUGUACAAAAAGAGGAGAACUUCAUAAUUUCUGCAGUUGGGACCACUUCAUGGAAGCAACAAGAGAAGGAAUGUGUGGAGUAGUGAAUAUACCUACUACAAGUGGCGAAUAUAAGACACUUCAACGGCAGUUUGUAACGACGUGGUGUUCCAAGAAGGGAAAACUUCCGGGAAUCCGUCAAGUUUUAAGAAUCGUUAACCCGGCACUGGAGCAGAGAUUUAACCAGUAUGUAGCUGGUCUGUCACCAGACUACGGUGACGUGGAACAGUACUAUCACGGAACACAGCUCAAAUGCGACAUACUGGAAUACUUCGACCCGUGCACCAAAGCUCAAUGUGGGAUUUGUGGGAUCGCGAGGAAAGGUUUUGACCCUCAACGGAUAAGCUCAAGCUCGUGGCAGAGGUUUGGAAAGGGGUUUUACUUUGCAGCAAACUCUUCGAAGGCCUACGAGUACCCCCUUCGCUCAAGAGCACCAGACACUUGGACAUCGGCACACCGCUAUUUGCUGGUGUGUGACAUCGCUCCCGGACGCAAGUAUAUCUUGCACGAGAAUAACCCAUCACUUAAGGGACCUCCUCGUGAUUAUGACUCUGUGUAUGGGAAGGUUUGUGACCAGUUGCCCAAGAAACGCUCUGCUCUGAACUACGACGAGCUGGUGGUUUAUAAAACAGAGUCCAUCAGACCACACUAUAUUCUCGUCCUUGAGAACACUCUCAUGGUGACCGAUUAGCAUGUAAGUUCAACAGUCAGUUAACCGUCGAAGAAUGAAGAAGAAGAGAAAGAGGGAAAACGUUUAAAGAAGGGUUACUUUGAGUGUCUGGUCUCUGGCUGGGAUAAGCAUUGCGACUUUCAGUCACGUGAUGUAGCUACUUUUGUAUAAUGAUUAUUAUCCCCCAAGGCUCUUGGGAAUUCUAUACAUUCAGUGGCUCGCAAAUUUAGCAAUACAGUUGUU